AUGCCUCGCCUCAAGGCUAUUACGACAGGCUCUGUACCCUCGUUCUUGGACGUGAUUCUCAACAUCGCUGAAUCAGACACCUCUUCGACACUCGCCCACCAAGACACGUGGUUGGCACAGCUAAAGGCCAAUGGCAGCAAGCUUGUCAUGUACGGCGAUGAUACUUGGUUGAAACUGUUCCCGGGUAUGUUUAGUCGAGCCGAUGGGACGACAAGUUUCUUCGUGUCGGACUUUACUGAAGUAGACAACAAUGUGACCCGCCACAUACCCGAUGAACUUCUUCGUGACGACUGGUCUGCACUUAUAAUGCACUAUCUAGGCUUGGAUCAUAUAGGACAUAAAUCUGGCCCUAAAAGUCCAUAUAUGAUACACAAGCAACGUGAGAUGGACUCAAUUGUGGCCCAAGUCUACACAGCGUUAGAACGGGAAGAGCAUCUUCAGUCCACUCUCUUUGUUGUCUGUGGAGACCACGGGAUGACCGACGCGGGUAACCAUGGUGGUUCGUCUGUAGGCGAAACCUCGCCGGCGUUGCUCUUCAUCUCACCAGCGUUUAAAAACCUGGGGAUUCGUAAUCAAAGCCCAGCAGAAUCCUCCAGCGAUUUGCAAUAUUAUCGGACUAUUGAGCAGACCGAUAUAACACCGACUUUGGCUGGACUUCUCGGUCUACCAAUCCCUAUGAAUAGCUUGGGCGUCUUCAUUCCUGAGCUUCUGCAGAUGUGGAAUACAAAGUCGCAUCAAAUUCACAUGCUUAUGGAGAAUACUAAGCAAUUGCUCCGGACAGUCGAGGCGGCAUAUCCACGUCAUACAUUCAACCCUGAAUUCACGUCCGGGCUGUGUGAUUCUGAAUUUUCAAGCGAUGUCGAGGAGGUUCACUGUGCCUGGUCUCGUGAGCUCGAGCUACAAGAUCAGCCUGAUGGUGCGCUUAGAGAUGAUGCGGAGACCAGCCUUUUGUCAAUUCUAAGAGGUGCCCAAAGUUUGAUGAGUAGUGCUGCCAGUGAUUAUGACAUCAAAAGCCUUUACAUAGGUAUUUGCAUUACUGGCGUUGCUGCCUGGCUUUCCUUUGUCCCGAUGCAACACCUGCUCUGCGAAUACAAACGCUCCGGGGCAUUCCUUCUAUUCGCUGUCUUAAGCUACAGCGGUAUGAUGUUUGCAAGUAGCUAUGUCGAAGAAGAACAGCAGUUCUGGUAUUGGAUAUGUGUGGCAUGGACAGUAUUCCUAUACACUAGGCCCUCCGGCUCUCGUGGGAGCUACAAAUCCCAGCACAAAUCAACAGGUACAUUGUUCGCAAAGCUUGGUGUCUUGGGGUUGGCAGCUUCCCUCCGAAUAUUGCGACGGUGGAACCAAACCGGCCAAAAGUUCGCUGGCGAACCUGAUGUUGCACGGGAAUUCUUACCUUCCCAUCCACAUGUGCUGUGGUCCUUGGUGGUUUUGACAUAUGCGGAUGUUCUUGUUCAUCUUGUUUUCGGCUUUGCUCCGGCCAUAUCAUGGAUUCUCAUGGUGUUGCCUAUGGUGGCAGCGGCGCUUCUUUUCAAGGUUUCCUCCGUGGCGUCCGAUUCUUUUGAACUGAUCGGUGGCUCUUUCCUGGAGCCGGUGAGCAAGUUUGUCGGCAGUAUGCCGCUCGUUUUACAUGCGAGGCUUGUCGCGUGCGGGGCAUUCCUACUCGUGGCUUAUUCCAUGUACCUCCGGAAAGCCACGGGGCCCUCGCAACUCAAGAAAGGAGCAUGGCCAAGCGCCGUUUUUCACGAGGCCUUGACUCUCUUGCUUUUGACACAGUCGAGGGUCACAAACGUUCCUAUAUUUCUAAUCUUCCGGAUACAGCUCAAGAUUCUGGCCUCGGUGGAGUUGCCACCCAUUGAGCUGGCCAUCAUGUCAAUACUCAUGCAAUAUACCACAUAUUUUGCCUUUGGGGGCUCCAAUGCAAUCUCUUCGGUCGAUCUAUCCAACGCAUAUAACGGCGUUGGGAGUUACAGCGUUGUGUUUGUCGGAGUUCUGACCUUCAUAGGCAAUUGGGCUGGCCCAAUAUGGUGGACGUCGGCAAGUUGGCUUCUCCGAAUGGGACAAACUCGAAAAGAAAGACAGUCUCAUGUAACGAUCUUAACCUUUCAUACGGCAGUGAUGUUGCUGUCUGUCAUGGUUGCUUGCACGUUUUUGAGAACGCAUCUCUUUAUUUGGACAGUGUUCUCACCCAAGUACCUUUACACUAUGGUAUGGGCCAUCCUUUACCACUUUCUCGUGACUUUGCUCGGAGAGUUUGGCUUUUCCAAGAUUGCAACCGGAUAA